AUGUAUGCCCAAGACAAAUUUUUCCCAGAAAACCUCUUUAACAUCGCUGCGCAGUUGAUGCCUUUUGUGCAAAGCUAUGAGUAUCAGGCUUUUUCCUGUCUAAACUCAGAGUUUGGUAGUGUUUCGGAAUGUGAGCUUGCUUCCGACAAAUCUUCAAGCAAUGAUCAAAGCAUGGAGGACAUUGAAGAAGCUGUGCGUCGAGAACUUCUUGCUGUUCGUCAAGUUCCUUACCGGGAUUACGUCUGUCACAGAUGUGGACAAAAAGGUCAUAUGAUCAGACAUUGCCCAACAAAGAACCCUGAGCAGGAACCGACGCCAUAUCAGGGAAACCGACGAAGCAUAGGCGUGUUUAAUUGCGGACCUUGCAAUCGUCAAUGGCGUUCCAAGAACACAUUUGCCAAUAAGACAUACCCUUGUAACACUUGUGGAAGACUUUUCUAUCCUACAAAAAUGUAUCCGAUCGGUGAAACUCCCGAAUGA